AUGGGUUUAGCUCUCAGCAAGGAGGGUGGCAGAGGUGUAUCCCACCUGGGCUGGACCCUGGGGUGGUCUCAGGGUUGUUCUAGACCUAACCUCCUCCCCCACUCCCCACUCUCCACCCUCAAGGAGCUUCGGGAGAUGAUUCAGUUACCAGGAGCCCGACCCCUUUUGGAUCCUGUGGAUUUCUUGGGCCUCCAAGAUAGAAUCAAGGAGGCCCCCCGUCCGAGGAAGCGGCUGACAGAACUGCUGCUUCGAACAGCCACAGAGAAGCCAGGGGUGGAGGAGGCUGCCCGCCAGGCUUUGGCCUCCCGAGCCUGGGGCCUCCGCUUUUUCAGAAGCCCCCAGCAGGUGUUGCCCUCACCAGAUGGGCAGCGGGCAGCAGGCAUCCGCCUGGCUGUCACCAGACUGGAGGGUGAUGGUGAGGCCACCCGGGCAGUGCCCACAGGAGACACAGAGGACCUCCCUUGUGGGCUGGUGCUGAGCAGUGUUGGGUAUAAGAGCCGCCCUAUUGACCCCAGCGUGCCCUUUGACUCCAAACUCGGGGUCAUCCCCCAUAUGGAGGGCCGGGUUGUGGACGUGCCAGGCCUCUACUGCAGCGGCUGGGUGAAGAGGGGACCCACAGGUGUCAUUGCCACGACCAUGACCGACAGCUUUCUCACUGGCCAGAUGCUGCUGCAGGAUCUGAAGGCCGGGCGGCUGCCCUCUGGCCCCAGGCCUGGCUAUGUGGCCAUUCAGGCCCUGCUCAGCAGCCGAGGGGUCUGGCCAGUCUCUUUCUCGGACUGGGAGAAGCUUGAUGCAGAAGAGGUGUCCCGGGGCCAGGGUGCUGGGAAGCCCCGGGAGAAGCUGGUGGAUCCUCAGGAGAUGCUGCAGCUGCUGGGGCGCUGAGCCAGAUCCCAGCCCCUGGCAGGGAAGGAAAGAGUGCUCUGCAGAGGAGAGGGGCCAGGUCAGUCCAAGCAGGACUCUGCACCCCCGCUGCAUCACUGCCCACCCUGGCUUGGAGGC